UUAAAAUUUAACACGAGAAGAAUCGAAUAAGAAAUCGCAAAAAAUGCGAGUCAUGCAAUUUCCAUUGAAAGUUCUUACGGUGGCGGGAUGUUGGCCGCCAGUUUCCUGGUCCUUGCUGUGCAAACAAACAGUGUACAACGCAUACACAAUUUUCAUAUGUUUACUGUUGCUGACCUUUGCGUUGCCACAAAUUAUGGAUAUCAUCCUGAACGUUAAAACUCCCGACGAAUUUUCCGAUAGCCUUUACACGAUGCUGCCUACGGGCAUCGCUUGCUGCAAGAUACUCAAUCUGUUAAUAAAUCGCAAAAACAUCAAGAUAUUAACCGAUGCGUUAAUCGAGGAACCAUUUAAGCCGCUGGAAUCGGAUGAGAUCGAAAUUCGACAGAAAUUCGACAACACCAUACAAACCUAUGCUAUAUGUUAUACUAUCUUAAUCGAGUUAACUUGCGGAUGCAUGAAUCUGUCAUCCUUCUUCACGGACUUUCGGAAAGGAACUUUAGCAUACAGGGAAUGGGUUCCGUAUGAGUAUUCGACCAAUAUAAUGUACUAUGUUAUUUAUUUUCGCCAAUUAAUAAGCCUGCAGGCUGCAUCCAUCGUGAAUGUUGCCUGCGACUGUCUGAUCUGUGCUUUGCUACUACAUAUUUAUUGCCAAAUUAAGAUUUUGGAGUGCCGAUUAAAGAAAUGCUUGCGCAAUCAGGGCAAUUUGGGCGAAUGCGUACAUCAACACAACCACAUUUUUAAAUUUGCACGUGUGGUAAACGAAAACUUCAGGUUUAUAAUUGGGAUUCAGUUCACAGUGAGCAUGCUAGUGGUAUGCUCCAGUUUGUUUCUACUGGCAAAAACGACGUUAAGCGCAGCAUAUAUUCCACUGAUACUCUAUACAUUCUGUAUGGCUUUACAAAUUCUUAUUUAUUGUUGGUACGGAAACGAAGUAAGACUAAAGAGCAUUCAAUUAUCUCAAGAGAUUUUCGGAAUGGACUGGAUAAAUACAGACAAGAAAAUGAAAGAUGGUCUUAUAAUCAUUAUGAAUCGCUCUCUGAUACCCAUUGAAUUUUCUUGUGCGUAUAUUCUUACAGUAAACCUAGAUUCUUUUGUAAAGUUGAUGAAGACAUCGUAUUCGGCAUAUAACAUACUUCAACAUAUGUAGAAAAAAUUAUAUCCUUAAAGAAAGAGAAAGAGAGGGACAUAUGUACUAAUAGUAUUUGAAAUGUGAACACGCAGUGCGUGUUAAAAAAUAUU